AUGGACGGCGAGGAGCCAACCCAAGCGGCGACGCAGCAAAUCGUCGACCCGCGCCGCGUGGGCCAGCAAAACACGGGCUUCACCGACGACGAGAUAUCCGACAUUGUAUGUAUCCUGUACCCGCACUCGGCGUCGGCCCGCCAAGAGGUGCAGCGGCUGGUGCGCGACGGGUCGCCGUUCAUCAUAGGCCGGGACGCGGCCGACGGCGUCGAGACGAGCCACGACCUCGACGACCGCGCGAGCCAGUUUGACUCGCACACGCUCGGCAGCGGCAGCAACGCCGGAGGUAGCGCCCACGCCAUUAUCCUGCGGCUGUCGACGGCGCCCAAGAACCCGCCGGCGGGCUUCGCCUUUGGCCGCAACCCGGGCCGCUGUGACGUCGUCUUUGCCAACGACCCGCUGCGCCGCGUCAGCAACAUUCACUUCCGCAUCUAUGUCAACGAGUUUGGCAACAUCAUGGUCGAGGACCAGUCCACCAACGGCACCUUUGUCGACAGCAAGCUGCUCUCGGCCCGCGCCAAGCCGGGGCCGCAGCAGGCCAGCCGCUGGGUGCUGUCGUCGGGCUCCGUCAUUAACAUUUUUUUGCACGAUGAGGCGAGGGACCUGACGUUUCGCGUGCGCAUUCCCCGCCGCGAGGGCGCCUACGAGGAGAGAUACCAGCACAAGGUGUUGGAGUACUACCAGCGCCAUCGCCUGCCCAUGGAGGGCGGCGCGCCUCCCGUGAAUCCCCCGAUGGCGGCGGUGGAGGCGCCGACGGAUCAUCUUGAUUUGUUUCGGACGGCGGGACAACCGCUGACAACACGGCGGCCGCCGCCGCAGCAGCAGCAGCAGCAGGGCGUGACGACGCAGAUGGCGGCUCCGCGCAUGGUCAAGCAGACGAGCACGCGGGAGUGGACGGGCUCAGGCAAGUACAACAAGGUGCGCUCGGUGGGCAAGGGCGCCUUUGCGGUCGUGUACAAGGUGACGGCGAAAUAUGAUGGCCGUCCGUAUGCCGCCAAGGAGCUCGAGAAGCGCCAUUUUAUCAAGAACGGCGUGCUGGACCAAAAGGUGGAAAACGAGAUGCGCAUCAUGCAGCGACUAAAUCAUCCCAACAUUGUACGAUAUAUUGAGAAUUUCGACUGGGACGAGCGCUUAUUCAUCAUCAUCAUGGAAUUUGUCCCGCAGGGCGAUCUGGGCAAGCUCAUUACCGCCCACGGGCCACUCAACGAGCAGGCCACGCAGGUCCUCGCCGUCCAGCUCCUGUCUGCCCUGCGCUACCUGCACAACUUUAACAUUACCCACCGCGACAUCAAGCCCGACAACAUCCUUAUCAACUCGCUGGAGCCGCUCGAGGUCAAGCUCACCGACUUUGGCCUGUCCAAGAUGAUUGACAGCGAGCAGACGUUUCUGCGUACCUUUUGUGGCACGCUGCUGUACUGCGCGCCCGAAGUCUACACGGAAUAUCUAGAGUACGACGAGAAUGGGUUCCGCACGCGCGGUAGGCCCUCGCGUCGCGCCCCGGGCCAGCGGUACAGCCACGCCGUUGAUAUCUGGUCCCUCGGCGGCGUCUUGUUCUACUGUAUGACAGGGGCCGCGCCGUACCCGGCCCGCUCCGUCACGAGCCCGUCGGAGCUUCUGCACCGCGUCAUGACGACGCCGUUGAAUAUCACGCCCCUGCAGCAGUAUGGCAUCUCGGAGGCAGGUGUUGACUUUUUGCGCGCCAUGCUCACGAGGAGGCCGGAGCACCGCGCGACGGUCGACGAACUGCAAGGUCAUCCCUGGCUUAUGGCAUUUGGGGAGACGAUUGAGGCGUCGCAGUCGUUUGACGACGUGACGGACGAUGAAGACUUUCCCGGUCAGGCGUCGCAGUUUUCCCAGGCACGGUACGACGACGAGGACCGGGUGAGCGAUUCAAUGGAUGAGGACUCGGAUCAGGAAAAUCCUACGAUUGUGCCGGGACGAGGACCGGCACAGCAGCAGCGGCUGUUUGGGGAGGUGGGCGUCUCGGCGAUUGGUAGCUCGGGCGUUAUUCCGGACGAGUACCUGAACUUGGUCCCUGGCAAUGGCAAUUUACCCCUUCCUGGCAUGUCGGAUCCGAACCUGGACGAGGCGUACAACUCGGCAGAGUCCUUUUACGACAGAAGUCCCGCGGGCGGUGGGCAAAACGUAGAGUCUUUGUCCAUAUUUCGUAACCAGUCGAUGGACCAGCUGCAGAGUCUUGUGGAGGAGGUUGCUUCCCAGAGCCUGGGGGGCGACGACACCAAGAUCAAGAAGAGCCCGUCCUCGCCCCACCGGUCCAUGACGUCGCUGGACCUGAAUACGAGUAAGCGAAAGCCCCCGUCUGUCGAGACGAGCGACGAGUUUGACGAGAAUACGCCUCCCGGAAAGCCGACGAUCAAGCGACUGCGGUCCGAGGGCCACGUGGACGCCGGCCUCAUCAGUGAUGAGAUGGCGGACGAGUACAAACUGCUGGCCAGCGUGCCGCCCAUUCCCUCCCUAGGCACGGGCCGCUCCGGCGACGACUGGCCGGUCAUCAAGGGCCAGUUUUGGACCGAUGACGUGGCCUCGUGGCACCUCGACUACCCCGAAAUGACGGAGCUGCAGCUGGCCAAGUUCAACGACGCGGCGAGCCACCGCGGCGAGGUCUUUCGCCCGGGCAUGACGCCACUGUGGGCGCUGGCCAUGAAGUACUUUCCGCCGACGCCGCGGCCCAACUCGCAACAGCCGACCACGUCGUCGCGGAACGAUAGGUAUCCCGCGACAGGCCCCGACGGCAGCUCGCAAGACGCGCCGCCGCCCUUUUCGCAGCUGGUGGUGCCCAUUGCCACGUCGGAAAUGGCGGCUAUGAUGGAGAGCGACCCGGCCUCAUGCAUUCGCGACAUUUCUAUCCCCAUCACUGAGCCGCUCGUGUCGUUUGGGCGCGGGCCGGAGAAUACAAAGGUGUACGAGCACAAGGCGGUGACCAAGGUGCCCAAGUAUGCGUUCAAAGUGCUGCUCUGGAAGGAAGGCUACGACCCGGGCAAGUUUGAGCUGCCGUGGCGGGCGAACCUGUCUGACGCGGAGCAAAAGGCCUUUCACUUUUGGAUUUCCACCAAGGCGACAAACGGCAUCCGCAUCAACGGCCGGUCGCUCACCUCUUCAAGUUUCAAGAGCCCGCACGAUCCGUCUGCGCACUGGACGCGACUGUUUGACGGCGACUCGAUUGUGAUUUGGCACGAUGGGUCCGGCACGGAUGGAAGCGAGACGAAGUUGACGUUUCGCUGCAACUGGGGAGGAUCGGCUGUGCGGCGCACGUCGACCUCGCUGGAGCUGGCGACGUCGCACGUGGCACGCAAGCUCAACAGCGGCUGUCAGCGGUUCGAAGCGCAGCGGCCCAAGAAUCGGAUGAGGAGGAAGGACGCGGCGGAUACGGCGGAGAGGAGGCGCUAUGUAGAGAGGGAGAGGCAGCGCAAUGUGCGGUUUGAGGAGGCGAGAAUGCGCGCGGUGGCGUAUCUGGCGUCGAGGCAGCCGCUGGCACCAGCGUCAAGACGGCAUUCCCCGGCGACGACGACGACGACGACGACGGGGGGAAGGAUGGGAGAUUCUACGAUGAGAGUCCCGAGGUGGUAG